AUGGCUAAAAUAUUAUUGAGCUUCUUCAUAGUCAUAUCUCUCCAUGCUUUUGCACCAAUAUUAUGUUUAUCUAGCAAGACCAAUUAUUAUGGUUACUUAUAUCCACAAUUUUAUGAUUGGUCGUGCCCAAAUGCAAAAGAAAUAGUAAAGUCUGUUGUUGCUAAGGCCGUAGCUAGAGAAGCUCGAAUGGCUGCCUCUUUGCUAAGGCUCCAUUUCCACGAUUGCUUUGUCAAGGGUUGUGAUGCAUCAUUGCUUCUGGACAGCAGUGGAACCUUAGUAAGUGAGAAAAUAUCAAAUCCAAACAGAAAUUCAGUUCGUGGAUUUGAAGUAAUUGAUGAGAUUAAAUCUGCACUUGAACAAGAAUGCCCUCAAUCUGUCUCUUGUGCUGAUAUCUUGGCACUUGCUGCAAGGGAUUCUACUGUUUUAGCUGGCGGGCCAAGUUGGGAGGUUCCAUUGGGAAGAAGAGACUCAAGAGAUGCCAGUUUAAGUGGCUCCAACUAUAACAUUCCUGCUCCAAACAACACAUUUAAUACCAUUCUCACAAAAUUCAAGUUAAAAGGGCUUGAUCUUGUUGACUUUGUAGUUUUAUCUGGGAGCCACACAAUUGGAAAUGCAAGAUGUACCAGCUUCAGACAGAGACUCUACAAUCAAUCAGGGAACAGUUUACCAGAUUAUACACUGGACCAAUCAUAUGCUGCACAAUUACGCACUAUGUGCCCAAAAUCUGGUGGUGACCAAAACUUAUUUUUCUUGGAUUUUGUCUCUCCAACAAAAUUUGAUAACAACUACUUCAAGAACUUGUUGGCUUCGAGGAGCUUGUUGAAUUCAGACCAAGUUCUUGUGACAAAGAAUCAAGCAUCAUUAGAAUUGGUGAAAUUAUAUGCUGAAAACAAUGAGAUUUUCUUCGAGCAGUUCGCGAAGUCUAUGGUUAAGAUGGGAAAUAUCUCACCUUUAACUGGAUACAGAGGCGAGAUUAGAAAGAACUGCAGGAACAUGAACUUUUAAAGAUAUGACAAC